AUGGACACCGACAAGAACACCUCGAUGGGCCAAUUCAUCCCUUCAUCCCUUGUUGGAAGCCUCCUCAGUAAAAGUCUCCAAGUGAAAAAAUGUAUGUUACUUGGAACCGAAGCACACCACGACAGAUCUAAAGCAGCUGACAGUUUCACAUCAAGCACAAAAUCUGGAGACGACAUAGCAGAGACAGAUUUGUACGCAGCUUUAACCGAAAAUCUGGACGGUUCCCGCUACCGAGUAACAGAAUCUACAGCAAUCGGAUCAGGUGAAGUAUUUACAAGGAUAUUCUGCAGGUCCUGCAAUUGUUCCCGCAUUUCAGCAGAAGUGAAGGCUGAACCGAUUCCUAAAUUCCAAGUCCAACAAUCAGAAGACCACGAACCUGCAUUGCAAACCAUCAUCCUUUGGUCACUGGCUAAAUCGAAAACUGCAGGGAAUAAAUCCUUGAGGGGUUGGGGUCCAAACCAUUUGAAUCUCCAAAAAUCUGUUUCUGCUCCUGAACCAAAUUUACAAGAAAUUUCUUUUUGA